AUGGCACGCUCUGACAGUCAAUACGGGCGGGAGCCGGCCUUCGCGGCCUCAAAGAAUCGCCGGUCCACCGAUUCUGCGUCACUCUCGCGCUCCAAGAGAAAUAUCCGGACUGGCUCGAGACCCUCGGUUAUGGAGGUUCGGGGGACUCCCCAUGACGGCGGGCUGGCCCCGUCACAGCUCGAUUCAGAUACUACUCGAGAACCCUCUCCCUUUCCGGAAUACUCGGACCAAUCUCUUUCCUCAGAGUCCAAGGGACGUGGCCCGAUGCGAUCGGCCAACAUCAUCCCAGGAAUUUCUCCGGGCGAACGCCCAUGGAACCUUGACCCAACCCACUCAAUGUCGAGCAUGGGUCUAACCGACUCCUCGGAGGGCCUCGACUCUCGCCCUCACAAGAGCAAGCCCAUGAAACCAAAAGUACAUAUUAAGCCCAUGCUUCGAAAGAUGUCGCGCGACGAUGCGGUGUCCCCGUCCAUUGACCUCUCCCGCUCUUCAACCGAGCAGGAGGGCUUGGGGAUUUACUUAAAUCUUGAACAGGACCGGCGCCGAAGUGAAUCGCUGACGGGCGUGACGUAUCGUCGAACGACGUCUGGCAUGCACCACCGAUCCACCAGUGGGACUUCGCAGCUCUCGACCACGACUGGGUCGAGUGCGGGCAAGCAGGGCUCGCAGUAUGUCUAUCCCAUGCGCCCGACUCCCAGAGCAUACACCCCCCCGUUGAGUCAGUCGCAUCAGACCUCGGGCAAUGACAGCGAUGAGCUGGACGAUGGCAGCCCAGAAACCCAGACGAAGAUGCUGCCGGAUGCAGAGACUCACCGGACGGUUCGUGCUUCCUCAGGACCGGUUCCACGGCUGUCAUUACAGAUCGAGGACGACUCCUUCACUCGCCUCCCGGGAAUCUCACAGACGAAUGUCUCGGGCCGGCCGUCGUUUGGGUACUCGCGGGACAAUGGAAGCAUGGUGGACACUGCAUCGCCCGUCUCGCGUCCCUCUCUCGACUUUGUCUUCCGAACUCGAACCAGGACCAGUACGGAUCCGGUCUCGCGAGCGGCGACCAUUCAGGCCGCACGGCAGGCAUUCGAGGAGAAAGAAGCCGCCAAGGCUCGUCGGCUCGAGAAGCAACAGAUUAAAGCCGAAGAGAGGCAGACGCGGCGCCGAGGAAAGCAUAACAUGUCCGGUGGCCAGGAGUCUCCCAUCGGUCACUCCAGUGAAGAACUGUCUGAGAAACCGGGGGAUCCCACGGUUCCCAAGCGGGCGGAUACCAAACCAGUCGGCCAGCAAUGGAAAUCCCAAUCAAAGAGCACCUGGGUGCUCUUCAUGACAUGGCUCCGGACUCGAGUGUUUAAAUUCCGCCGACGAAUGCGGAAGAUGAGUUGA